CCGCCGCCGCCGCCACCUCGGCCAGCCGCGGGCGCGAAGGCGCUGCUCGCCGCCGCAGCCAUGUCGCGCCGGGUGUUCGUGGUGGGCGUUGGCAUGACGCAGUUUGUUAAGCCUAAUGAGGAGAAGGAUGUUGAUUAUCCUGACCUGGCUAAGGAAGCAGGCCAGAAGGCUUUAGCUGAUGCUGGCAUUCCUUAUUCAGCAGUGGAGCAGGCGUGUGUGGGUUAUGUUUAUGGUGACUCAACCUGUGGACAACGGGCCGUCUAUCACAGUUUGGGUUUAACUGGCAUUCCUAUCAUUAAUGUUAACAACAAUUGUGCUACUGGAUCUACUGCUUUAUUUAUGGCCAGGCAACUGGUAGAAGGAGGUUUAGCUGAUUGCGUUCUGGCACUUGGUUUUGAGAAGAUGGCAAAGGGGUCCAUUGCUUCUAUGUUUUCAGACAGAACUAAUCCAAUUGACAAACAUGUGGAAUUAAUGAUAAAUAAGUAUGGCUUAGCCAGUGCUCCAAUAGCACCUCAGUUGUUUGCAAAUGCUGGCAAAGAAUAUAUGGAGAAGUAUGGGACAAAACCAGAAUACUUUGCAAAAAUUGCGUGGAAGAAUCAUAGCCAUUCAACUAACAAUCCGUAUUCCCAGUUCCAAAAGGAGUAUACAUUGGAUGAAAUUCUACAUUCUCGCAAAAUUUUUGACUUCCUGACUGUCUUACAGUGUUGUCCAACAUCAAAUGGUGCUGCAGCUGCAAUUUUGGCUAGUGAGGAGUUUGUGAAAAGGCAUAGGUUGCAGCCAAAAGCUGUGGAAAUUCUAGCCCAGGUGAUGACUACUGAUUAUCCAAGCACAUUUGAAGAGAACAGUUGUCUGAAGAUGGUUGGCUAUGAUAUGACUAAAAAAGCUGCUAAAAAAUGCUUUGAAAAAGCAGGCUUAAAGCCUACAGAUGUUGAUGUGAUUGAACUCCAUGAUUGUUUCUCAAGUAAUGAGUUAAUUACCUAUGAAGCCCUGGGACUAUGUCCAGAAGGAAGAGCAUGUGAGCUGAUUGACAGAGGAGACAAUACUUAUGGAGGAAAAUGGGUUAUUAAUCCUAGUGGUGGCUUGAUUUCAAAGGGACAUCCACUUGGUGCUACAGCAGGACUGUACAUUUGUGUUUAUGAAAUAAAUGAAGGCUUGGAUUAUAGGAUUCAUAAAAUAGAAGGAAGCUCUGGAACUGAUUCUCCUUUCUGGCUAAUGCAAGCCUUAGGGCAAGUUGGCAGGGUUGGUCAAACCAAAAUACUUGAAGUGUGAAUUUGAUCCGUAGCACUAGUUUAAUUCAAAGUGCUGCUUUUUGCCAAUUUUUUUUAAACAAUAAAAGAAAACAGCUUAACUUUUUGUAUUUAAUCGCUGCUCAGUGGUGCAACUUCUGAGGAAUGUAGUUGUGAUAAUUAUUUUCGUAUGUUACUGUCCUUUGUAAUUCUUUUUUUUAUUAUUAUUAUUAUUGACUGCAUAUGAAUAGCCUGUAGCUUUUUUGUGUGUAAUAAAAACUAUUUCUGAGCCUGGGAUUUCAAAAUAUUUAUCUGAUGUUUACAUCACAAGUUCACUGUUAGUCACUGUUUCCCAGCAACAUAGGCUUUUCUUUUUUGUUUGUUUUUUGUUUUCUUUAAACUGCUACACUUCUUACUUCCAAACAAGAUGACUGCUGGAUAAAAUGUGUUUGGAUUUGUGAGAAUAUUUCACCUUCCUUGUUUGGAAAUGUGAAGUUGUCAGAAAGUUGGAGCAGAGGAAAUUUUCUGAAAUAAUUGAUCUUAAUCUAAAUAGGUGUAAAUGUCUAGAUAAUGUAGUUAAUUUGGCGGGAUAAGGGUUAGAAAACGUUGGAAUAGCAUUUCAUUUAAUGAGUGUGGAUGUCUGUAACAGGAUAUGAACAUUGUCAGAUGUGUGUUAAAUUUUUGUUGCUUGUACGAUUGUAUUGAUAAAUACAGAGGCAGUUAGUAAUACUCAUACUUCUCACUGCUUCAAAGAGAUGGAGGGGAAAAUACAUUAGAAGCAGCAAAUGGCAUGUCUGUGGACUGUCUUAAUUUCACUAUGAAACGUUCUUGAGACUAGUUAUAUGCUAAUCACAGGCCAUGUGUGUCAUCUUAAAUUUACGUUCCAGGGCAAGAUGCUACCAUACGUGUGAGGCUGAGGGAAUGUAUAUGAAAACUGUUAAUUACCAUGUAUAAGACUGGAAUUGUUUAUAAGAAAACUUUUAACUCUUCUUAAUGUUUCACUGGGCAACGCAUAAAAUUCAGCGUGCAGACUGCUGUUCCACGUUGCCCAAAGGCCUAUGCAGAUCCCUGGGGAAGGGAUGGGAAGGGAAGGAGUUGUGUGCAUGGUGAGGGAAGAAGAAAUGUCCCUGCAGAGCAGCUGGAUCAUAAUUGCAGAAUAACUGAUAGAAAAAUGACUAACUGAUAGAAAAAUAACUGAUAGAAGGAAGAGGCAAAGGGUAGUAAGGUAAAUGCAACCUUAAUAAUGAAAAUGCAUUCCCGUUUGCUUUGGGCCUCCCAGGGAAAAACCUUUCUGGAAAACUGGGCUGUCAUGAAUUAAUCUACUCGAAUCAUAUUGCAUGUGUUCAUUUAAUGUUUUAUUGGGGAAGAAGUCUAUAGGCGAACCUGUAGUAUGUUCUUUAUUUCCAAUAACCAUCUAAAACUAGUAGUUACUUCAAUCACUCUUAUUGUUUGGUACAGGUUUUUUCUUCCUUUGUCAUAUAAUACAAAUUUCCUGUGUGUUUAAUAGUGGGCAUUUGUAUUGCAGGAAAAACAAAAACAGUUUUUUCAGAAGAUCUUGUGGGGUCACUUUUACUUUUUUUUUUUUUUUUUUUUUUUUUU